CCAGGGGGAAAAGUCUUCUACAAAGUAUGAUUGCUUCUGUUACUUGCAGCGUUUUGACUUUUAGAGUUUGGCUAAACCAGUAAUCCGUACAAAGAACGCAGCCUGCACUUUCUGAUGUUUAAUACGCCAUACAGAUUUGCGAAAUUGCGGAUGCCUGAUUAGCAGUACUUCGUGCCAAGUUCGUGGUUUAAAGUUUUUCUUAGAUUUUCCAAAGGCGUUUUGUGAAUUUGGCUAGACUUUGCGACCGACGAAUAUCUUAGUCUUGGACGAUCUGGUGUGGUGCGGAAAACAAGCAGAAAACAUGGCAUCAUCAUGCAGCGUCUCCCAAGGCAAAGGCGCGAUCGGUCUCCUGGUCGAAGUCAAAACCCACGCUGCUGUUUUGCGCGACUGCGUAAAGUCAGGUGCCCAGUACGUACGCAACACCCGCGCCAAACUGACAACGGAACAGUCCUACCUGGCAGAGAUGAAGGCAUACUGUAACGAAACUCGAACUGCCGUACGGGCUGGCACCCUAGCUACGCUGCGAUUUCGUCCCGAUGUGCAGGAGCUCGUCAAGCAGUCCGCAGCCGACCAAGACCGCCACUUCAAUGAUAUGCGCCAGCGAGUUCAGGAUGAGUUUAAUAGCGCGGCAACUCAGCGCUCCAUGUGGAUGAGCACGGCGACAGCUGCGCUUCACGGCGCAAUCGGUGCCGCCGUUUCGCUCACUGCUCUACAGAUCCUACAGGCCGAAGAGCUCCGCGCCGAUAUGCUGGCGAUCUACCAGGACUUCGUGGCAUGUGCAGACGACGCCAAACUCCUGGAAGAGGACCUGCUGCGCUGUGGAUUGGACAAAGUAUUUCUGGAACAGGAUUACGUCGAGGUGGUGAAGCUAAUUCAGGCGGAAAAUGCGAGUCGAACUCCGCCUUAGAUCUGUCUGGAACCGGAACUGAACUGCCCACGCCUGACUUGCGGGACGUUUCUACGUUGCGAUUGACACUGGCCUGAAAAUGUUUCUUAAAACUAGCAGUGUCGAGUCUGAUGACCUUUGCAUAUUUUUAAUUACAUUGUACCGCGGUUUUCUUACGUUUCCAUAAAAGCGAUUGCACUCGGAUGUUUGUUUUCUUCUACUUUAUUACACCUGAUCCCUACGCGUUGCCCGUUCGUAAUGUGUCAUAAACUCCGAAAUGUUUUCCAGCAGUUUGCUAGAAUUAGUCUAAGUCAGAUACCAGUUUUUGC